GGAAUGUACAUUCGAAUGUACCCUACGAUAACGUCAAGAGUUGUUCCCCUUACAUUAUGUUCCAUAACAACAUGGCGGCCGAUGUAGUGAUAACGUUUCUAAUCUGUGUUGUCGGAAAGCACUGAAGUGCAAGACUUCUGUAUAAUACGAUGUCUACAAGUGAGAUGGCGGUACCGUCCGUGUCGGCUAUGCCAAAGGCUGAGUCUCCAAGUGGCCCGUUCAAUGGGAACGCAACUCAACGAAUGGAAGGCGUCACCCAGCUUCACGCAGCGGCCGUCAACGGAGACAAACCCACACUUGCCAGGCUCGUGAUGUUAGGCCAGUGUGACAUUGACACGGGGGACCAAUUUGGUCGGAGCCCACUCAUGUUCUGUGUGCUGGCGGACAGACUGGAAUGUGCUGAGCUGCUCAUCAAAUCCAGUUGCCAUGUCAACCUCCGAGACAAGGGCGGCCGGACAGCACUGCACUGGGCCGCUCAUAAGGGUAACUACCGACUGCUGAAGCUGCUGCUAUCGAAAGGAGCUGACUGUCGUGAGAAAGACAAUGAAGGCCAGACAGCGCUACACUUGUGUACGCGACACAAACUCCCAAAAUGUAUGGCCUUGUUACUACGGCAACUGACACCAGGCGAGAUAGAUGAUCAAGACAAAAACAAAAGGACGGCUCUACACUGGGCUGCAUCGUACGGGAACCUGGAGCAUGUGAAGAUGUUGAUAAAGCAGGACUCUAACAUCGGGAUCCCCGACACGGAGGGGAAGACACCGCUACACUGGGCGGCCAGCAGUCGCGACCCCCAGGCCGUGCUGUGUGUGCGCUUAAUACUGCAAACCACGCCCAGUGUUAUCAACUGGCAGGACUACGAAGGACGGACGGCGCUACAUCUCGCAGUCGCCGACGGCAACGAGAGCAUUGUUAAUUUAUUGACGUCGAUUGAGAAGUGUAAUGUAUCCGCGUUAGAUAACAUGUUCCGGACGCCUCUACACUGGGCAGCUGUUCUAGGACAUUCCAAAAUUGUAGGUCUUCUGUUAGACAGUAGUGCCGACUACGCAAGUUCUGACUCUAACGGUGCUACACCACUUCAUUAUUCCGCGCAGAAUAAUUAUGAUGAUACAGUUGAAGUGUUUUUGUCGAGGAAGUCUGUCACAGAUGAGCCAGAUGUCGAAGGUCGGACAGCAUUUAUGUGGGCUGCUGGGAAGGGAGCCGACAGUGUAAUACAAGUAUUUAUCAAACACGCAGUCGAUAUCCAACAGGUGGACAAGAAUGGGGGAACAGCUCUCCACGCUGCCUCGCUAUCGGGUCAUUCCUCCACGGUGAAGAUUCUACUCGAUCAUGGAGCGCAAAUCGACUGUGUAGACUUGGUGAAGCACACCCCGCUGUUCCGCGCGUGCGAGAUGGGCCACACGGAUGUCGUACACACCCUCAUCGACAACAAGGCCAAGGUCGACAUCCUCGACCAGGACGGCAGAUCUCCACUCCACUGGGCGGCUCUCGGUGGACACGCCUACAUCUGUCAGACGCUGAUCACGUACGGAGUGGAUCCCAACAUCAGAGACAACUCGGGACGAACUCCAAUACAGUGUGCGGCUUACGGUGGCUACGUGAACUGUAUGUCGGUUCUGCUAGAACACAAGGCUGACCCAAACACACAAGAUAACGAGGGCAUGACGUCUCUACACUGGGCAUGCAGCAAGGGCCACAUGGACACAGUGAAACUCUUGUUAGAACACACAGCCUAUGUUAACCAGUUGGAGUUCACUGAAGACAGGUACACCCCCCUGGACUAUGCCCUGAUGGGUGAGCACCAUGACGUGGCCCAGUACAUGAUAGAACAAGGUGCGCUGUCCAUCACCGGAAUACAGGACAUCGCUGCCCAGAAGAUACAGUCUGCGUUCCGUGGGUACCGGGUGAGGAAGACGUUUAUUGAGAGGAAGAAUUUGUUCAUGAAACACGAGAUGCUCAAGAAAGAGGCUGCCAGGAAGCGCGCCGUGGAGGAAUACCGCAAGAAGGAGGAUGUACUGCACAGGAAGGACGUCGACAGACAAUACCUCACCGACCUACUCACAGACGAGAUGGGCUGUCCACUCUCGGACAACACAGACGAGAUGGGCUGUCCAGUUACUGACAACACAGAUGGGACGGAGUGUCUACUAGCUGAACACAGAGAUGGGAUGGAGUGUCCAGUCACUGACCAUAGAGACGGGAUGGAGUGUCCAGUCACUGACCAUAGAGAUGGGAUGGAGUGUCCAGUCACUGACCAUAGAGACGGGAUGGAGUGUCCAGUCACUGACCAUAGAGAUGGGAUGGAGUGUCCAGUCAAUGACCAUGGAGAUGGGAUGGAGUGUCCAGUUACUGACCAUAGAGACGGGAUGGAGUGUCCAGUCACUGACCACAGAGACAGGAUGGAGUGUCCAGUCAAUGACCAUGGAGAUGGGAUGGAGUGUCCAAUUACUGACCAUAGAGACGGGAUGGAGUGUCCAGUCACUGACCACAGAGACAGGAUGGAGUAUCCAGUCACUGACCACAGAGACGGGAUGGAGUGUCCAGUCACUGACCAUAGAGAUGGGACCCAGUGUCCACUCUUGGACAACACAGCCGAGACAAAAAGUCCAAUCACUGACCACAGAGAUGGGACAGAGUGUCCAGUCCCUGACCACACACAGACAGACAGAACUAGACACACACACAGCACACGGCUAACAACUACAGCAAAGAGGAAGAAAGAAAAGCCAUCGGAGGAGGAGAUAAUUCUGUCUGAGAGAAAACAAAACCAGCAGUUGAAGAACACAGAGAGAGACCGGAGACUUGACUUCCACAAGAAGCAGAGGGCAGCACAUACCAUACAGAUCUGCUGGAGAAAGCAUCGAAAAGAUAUAAGUACCGGUGUUAAAGGACCACACAAGAAGAGGUCGGCUUUGUUUGUGUCAACAGCUAAACAAGCGAUUCAUGUGAGACGUCUCCAGACAUCGGAGGAUGAGUGGGAACAACAGAUAGCGGCUCUGACGAUACAGCUCGCGUGGAGGAAGUUCUUCAGACGAAAGCUGUUGAGACAACUGCACCCGAACCAUCGCCAGCUCCAGAUGUGGGACCCCAGCGUGGUGGCCAUCAAACAACAGGCCCUGGUCGAUCAGAUAUACGGCGAGGUGAUCACAGCUCCAUUCUGGCACCCGACUUUAAUAUCCUAUAAUUAUAAUCAUCAGUUGUUACAUUACAGGCGAGGUGAUCACAGCUGGCACCUGACUUUAAUAUCCUAUAAUUAUGGUCAUCAUCAGUUGUUGUUACAUUACAGGCGAGGUGAUCACAGCUGGCACCUGACUUUAAUAUCCUAUAAUUAUGGUCAUCAUCAGUUGUUGUUACAUUAGAGGCGAGGUGAUCACAGUUGGCACCUGACUUUAAUAUCUAUAAUUAUGGUCAUCAUCAGUUGUUGUUAUAUUACAGGCGAGGUGAUCACAGCUGGCACCUGACUUUAAUAUCCUAUAAUUAUGGUCAUCAUCAGUUGUUACAUUACAGGCGAGGUGAUCACAGCUCCAUGCUGGCACCCGACUUUAAUAUUCUAUAAUUAUGAUUAUCAGUUGUUACAUUACAGGCGAGGUGAUCACAGCUCCAUUCUGGCACCCGACUUUAAUAUCCUAUAAUUCUGAUCAUCAGUUGUUACAUUACAGGCGAGGUGAUCACAGCUGGCACCUGACUUUAAUAUCCUAUAAUUAUGGUCAUCAUUAGUUGUUGUUACAUUACAGGCGAGGUGAUCACAGCUGGCACCUGACUUUAAUAUCCUAUAAUUAUGGUCAUCAUCAGUUGUUGUUACAUUACAGGUGAGGUGAUCACAGCUGGUACCUGACUUUAAUAUCCUAUAAUUAUGGUCAUCAUCAGUUGUUGUUACAUUACAGGCGUGAUCACAGCUCCAUGCUGGCACCCGACUUUAAUAUCCUAUAAU